AUGUACCAAAUCGAAGAGCAUCUGGCACCGUUACCAGGCGUUGUUACAAACUCACUGUUGGACGAAUCCAGUUCCGACGAUGAUUCCUGCGUUGAAAUUACGUCUGUUGUCGAUGAAAAUGAAAAUGAAUUAAUUAAAUUGAGUACUUAUUUACAAUUUAAUUCGGACAGUGACGAUGAUAGCGAUGAAAAUUAUUCUUCAACUCAACCUGCACCACUCGUUAAUUAUUCGUCGUCAGAAUCAUCUACUGAUGAUGAAAACUUAUUACAAUCAUCUCAUCAAUCUGCAUCUUCUAAUAACAACAGUAAUGUCGAUAGUAUGUCUUCAUCAACAUCAACCAUCAUGAAAAAGCGUAAGCGACGUCAAUGGACUUUAAAUGAAAAAUUAAAUGCAAUCGCCUGCUUCGAAAAAAACAACAACAAACACCAAACAGCCAAGGACGUUGGAUGUGCUACAAAACAACUUCGCCUGUGGAUCCAGAAUAAAGAUAAAUUAUUAAAAUUGGCAUCUCAAAAGAAAGGUAAAAAACGCAAGCGUCUUGAUGGAGGUGGUAAAAAAUUAACUUACGUGGAACUUGAUUCUCGUUUAUUUGCCUGGUAUCGUCAAAAACGUACUGAUCCUGGAUCGACAACAAUAUCUGCUUCUGAUAUUCGUAAGGAAAGAGUAACAUUUCGUCAACUUCAACGCUGUGGACGACAAUUAAGUGGAGAAUUAAAUCACCCAUGUCCAUCACCAAAAUGGUUUGGUCGUUUUCUGGUUCGUCAUCGACUCUCUCUUCAACGUCCAAAACAACAACAGAAGAUUCCACUCAAUGAUGUUCAUCAAAAAGCAACUUCAUUUUAUACCUUUCUUCGACGAGCAAGUCGAUGGGCUCCAAAACGUGGCCCAAUGGGGGCCUUUACCCCACGUGACGUCUUCAACAUGGACGAAUCUCCACUUGCAUUGUUCGGCGAUCAAGCAAAACGAUCAAUCAAUGAUAUCAACACUUGCAAUGAAGUAGAAGGAUGCUUGAGUAACAAAGUGAGUACUUUUCUUUUUUC